CGGUGACAUCAUAUGGUGGGCGUGGUCUCGUCGCCUUCGUCGACCUACCGCCGCCGCCAUCACGGUAGAGGGAGGCGAAGCCCAUGGACAACGAUCUGUGGAAAGGACUAACAAAUGAAGGAGACCCGCUGAGCCCCGUCGCCGUGACGAUGCUGACCCAUCUUUUCAGGCUGCAUGGCCUGUUUGUGGCCUCACAUCCAUGGGAGGUGAUCGUGGGGACGAUUGCAGUGACGAUUUGCCUCAUGUCUAUGAAUGCCAUCGCCGGCAGUGACCAAAUCUGCGACUGGAACCACCAGUGUCCUAAAGUGCAGGAGAAAAUCCUGAGCAGUGAUGUCAUCAUCUUAACCAUCACAAGGUGCCUGGCUAUCGUCUACAUCUAUGUGCAGUUCAAAAAUCUGAGGCAGCUCGGCUCCAAGUACAUGCUCGGUAUUGCUGGACUCUUCACUGUGUUCUCCAGUUUUGUCUUUAGCACUGUGGUCAUUCACUUCCUGGGCAAAGAGCUGACAGGCCUCAAUGAAGCGCUGCCUUUCUUCCUGUUGCUGAUUGACCUGUCUAAAGCCUGCACGCUGGCCAAGUUCGCUCUCAGCUCAAACUCUCAGGAGGAGGUGAGGGAGAACAUAGCUCAGGGCAUGGCCAUCCUGGGCCCUACCUUCACUCUGGAUGCUGUGGUGGAGUGCCUGGUCAUUGGAGUGGGAACCAUGUCUGGUGUGCGGCAGCUGGAGCUCAUGUGCUGUUUUGGCUGCUUAUCCGUCCUGGCCAACUACUUUGUCUUCAUGACCUUCUUUCCGGCCUGUGUCUCUCUGGUCCUGGAGCUGUCGAGAGAGAGCAGGGAGGGGCGACCCAUCUGGCAGCUGAGUCAUUUUGCCCGCGUUCUGGAGGAAGAGGCAGACAACAAGCCCAACCCUGUUACUCAACGCGUCAAAAUGAUCAUGUCUUUGGUCCUGGCACUGGUUCAUGCCCACACACGGCUGUUAGCGGAGUCUCCCUCCAGCAACUCCAGCGGCUCAGCUGUGGACCUGCACAGCCCCGUCCUGGACUCGGACACGGCCAUGACGAGUGUGGACUUGGAGCAGGUCAUCACGCUCUCUCUGGCUCUGCUGCUGGCGGUGAAGUAUGUCUUCUUUGAGCAGGCGGAGACAGAAUCCUCCCUGUCCAUCAAAAGCCCCAUAACCGGCCCCCAUACUGCCCUGACCAAUAGGAGAGCGGGAGAGGAGUGUUGUAGGAGGGAACUGACCCCACCCAAAGCUGUAGAGAGGGUGAACACUAACUCAACAACAGCUUCACUAUGCACUACAGAGGAGAGAGAUGAUGUGAAACGGCCUCUGCUUGUGUUCGGAGAACAGUCAUGUCUUCCAGCGCAGAGAGAUAAAGAGAAGGAACCUUUAGAAGAGAGAGGGGACCACUUUCUCAAACACGAUCCUCCUCAGUUUGUCCAGCCUCGCCCUCUGCAGGAGUGCCUGAGCAUUCUCAGAGACCCGGAGCGGGGUCCACGUUUCCUAAGCGAUGCUGAGGUGAUAGCACUGGUGGAGAACAGGAGCAUUCUGGGAUACCGUUUGGAGGCGGUGAUGGAGACCCCAGAGAGGGGCGUGGCCAUUCGGAGAGAGAUGCUUUCGAGUAAACUGCCCCACUCAUUGGCCCUGGAGACACUGCCCUACAGAGACUAUGACUACUCUAAGGUGAUGGGCUCAAACUGUGAAAAUGUGAUUGGCUAUGUGCCGGUGCCGGUGGGCGUGGCUGGACCACUGCUGUUGGAUGGGAAAGAGUUCUACAUCCCCAUGGCCACGACGGAAGGCUGUUUGGUAGCCAGCACUAACCGAGGAUGCAGGGCCAUCACUUUGUCGGGUGGGGCAAGUGCGUGUGUUCUGGCGGACGGUAUGACUCGGGGUCCUGUCGUGCAGCUGCCGUCCGCAUGCAGGGCUGCAGAAGUCAAAUCCUGGCUGGAGAGUUCUGAAGGCUUCAACGCGGUCAAGCAGGCUUUUGACCACACCAGCAGGUUUGCUCGGCUGGACUGCCUGCAGAUCAGUCUGGCUGGCAGGAACCUGUACAUCCGCUUUCAGUCUCAGACCGGGGAUGCCAUGGGCAUGAACAUGCUGUCCAAGGGUACAGAGCAGGCUUUAUGCAGGCUGCGGGAGCAGUUCCCUGACCUGCGUGUUCUGGCGGUCAGUGGGAACUACUGCACAGACAAAAAACCUGCAGCCAUCAACUGGAUCCACGGCCGAGGGAAGUCCACUGUGUGUGAGGCCACCAUCCCGGCUAAAGUGGUCAGAGAGGUGCUGAAGACGAGCACUGCAGCGCUGGUGGAGUUGAACAUCAGUAAGAACCUGGUGGGUUCUGCCAUGGCCGGCAGCAUAGGCGGCUUCAACGCUCAGGCAGCGAACAUCGUAGCGGCCGUUUACAUCGCGUGUGGACAGGACCCCGGUCAGACAGUGGGCAGCAGUAACUGUAUCACUCUGAUGGAGGCAGUGGGCUCAGAUGGAGAGGAUCUCUGUAUAUCCUGCACUAUGCCCUCUAUUGAGCUGGGCACUGUGGGAGGGGGCACAAACUUGCCCCCACAGCAAGCCUGUUUACAGAUGCUGGGUGUGCAGGGCGCGAGUGUAGACUGUCCCGGUGAAAACGCCCGCACGCUGGCGCAGGUGGUUUGUGCCGCAGUGAUGGCCGGAGAGUUGUCCCUCAUGGCCGCCCUCGCUGCUGGCCACCUCGUCAAAAGUCACAUGACUCUCAACAGAUCAAAAGUCAACCUCCCAGAAAUGUCUGAAUCAUCGCCGAGGGAGCCUUCGUGAGAACUGUAAGCCCACGAGCGAGGCUGAGGUUACACACCCUGCAGCGUUCUGGGAAAUGGAGUCUACAUUAUGCAGCUUUAUGGCUGCCAAAAUCACUCUCAGGACUUUUUUUGUGAAUCGGCUGUUUUGAGUCGAUGAAAACACACCAAGUACAAGAAGAAGAUACAGAAGAUUAAAAACCAAAUAAAUAUUUCAGGUUGUGGGGGAGCUCGCACCGGCGUUCGGACAGUGAUGGACGCCUGUGUGCAGACUUGAGAAACACUGUUGUUAUUAAGCGUGCUUUGUCAAGGCAGAGCGUAUGCAUGUUUAGUUGCUUACGAACUUCACAAACCUGUUUUAUUUAACAGUAAAAGGGAAAGAACAGCCACAGUUAAUGGCCUGACUGAGUAAUUUAACUAGUUUUGUUACAUGAAUCAGUUUGGCUUAAUCCGUUGAUGUCCAUAGAUGAAAUAUAAAUUUCCAUAUGUUGUCAGAGCCCAAACCUGAAUAUUAUGGCUAAAAUACCAUAUAAUCAAGAAGAACAUGAGGGUAAAAAAUUGUCACUUUAUUGUAUAUAAUUCAGCUUUUUGGCCACUUUUUUGGGACAGAGUUUUAAAAAAAGAACAGAAAUUCUAUUUAAAUUGAUUGUAAAUAGAAAUGUGAAACUACACGUGGUCAAAAAAUUCAAAUAGGCACGGGUUCCCUUUAAACCAAUCAGACCAAGUUCUCUGGAAUUUAUCCUCAUCAUGCUGUAUUUAUUUGUUGAACAUAAAUGGGUUAAACGCUUGGACACGUUCUUUGGUGUUUGGUAUCCUGAACCUGAUUCCUUCAAGCAUUUUGUGUUUUCUUUUGAACCAUAUUUCAAACAUUGUUGUGCAGUUUGUGUGUUGUAAGCUGGGAAUAAUGACCGUUAAAGAAAUGUUGCCAAACUGAGUUUAAUGUCUGUUAACAAACAAAAGGAAACUCAUCUCAAACCUGUGAUGCUUCAGACUGUCACGGCUGCAGUCUGAACGGUGUCUGACUUUAAUCUUCAUAUGGUAACAGACCGAAAUGCACUAAGCUAGUACCAGGCUGAAAAAAGGGGCGUACCACCAAUUUUUAAAAAUGUUUGCAUAGUUCAGUUGUUAAGUCAUUGAGUGGCUUUAUGUGAAAUGGUUUAUUUUAGAGAGCCUUAAUGACGUAGAUGUCUUUACAGUGGUGGUGAUAGGAACCAGGGGUCGCCAUGACUACAACACAAAUAGACAUUUUAUUUACUGUCCAAAACCUGCCUUGUAACACCUCCAUGUACCUAUUUAAUGGAUUAUAAAAUACAAAACUGUCAUAAAACAGUGUCUCAGACAUCAGGCAGUGUAUUCAUAUCUGUUUGUAGUAACUUUCUGUGAGGGAGCUUUUAGAGGUGGACGUCUGGUUCCUAUCACCACCACUGUGACUCAGUAUUCUGACUCAGCAGGUUUCUCUACAACAGAGCGUUUCACACCAAACCACUCUGAAUGACUCUGUUUACAUCUUAAUCCUUUAAUUAUGGAAGUGUAAUUCCUCUUUAAUUAAGCCGACAUAAGCACAAGAAGCAAGUGUAAACAGGUGCUAAAAUCCUUUAUUAAUAAGUAUUGUGUGUGAAUGGAUUCAGCUGUUUAGCUCUGCUUGUGUUUGGAUGUGUAUGUGAGCUGUUCGCUGACGGACCAGCCUGGACGUUUCUGUGCCAUACAGCCUCUGUGGAGAGCACACACACAUUCUGUCUGGAGUGUUGUGUGUAUAUGUGUGUGUGUCGCUGAAUAUGCAUUGACAUCAUGGUUGUGCUGAAGGGGAAUGCCACCAGAAUUUCUUUGCGAUGUAAACUGUCAGAGUGGGUUGAUGUGAAUUGCCACAAAUUUAAAAGAAAAAUAAGAAUUUAAUGUCCUCACAGGCCAACUUUGGCCAGCAGACGGCACUUCGGGCACCUCCGUUUCAGAGGCAUUAAACUCUUCAGACGUCUGGUUCCCAUCACCACCACUGUGAACAGUUCUGGCUCGGUACGUUUCUCCAGAACGGGGCGUUUCGUAUCCAACCACUCUGGACUUUACAUCAAACGUUUAUGCUGAAAUUCCCCUAAUUAAGUGCAUUUAGUGCUUUUAUUAACAAAAGCAAAUAUGCAUAAUCUUCUUUCUCAGCAGAAGCCAUAUCCUCCUGAUCCCGCCGUCCAAUGAAUGUUUAGUUUAAUAUAUUUUUUAAUUCUUUAUGGCUGUGUUUUUGUUUUAUAAAAUGCAGAAAAUGUUUGAAUAAAUAUGAUGCUGUGUUAUGAAAGUAAAACAAAUCUCUCAAUGUUACGUCAGAAUUUUCUUCUCGAGCUUAAUUUUGUAUGAAUCUUAAUGAAAUGUGACCUUUCUAACAUUUAUUAAGAUAAAUAUGCAAAAAUUAAACUGGCUCUAAUAAGUCCAAUCAAAAAUUAAAUGAUUAAAUAAGCACUUUUUGGUGAUAAAUGUGCUGUGCAUGUGUUUUUUUUCCUCAAUUCAAUCCAUUCAGACACACUUAGUGUGACUAUUUUAUUUAUUUACAGAAACAUUGUUGUUUAAUUCCAAUUACAUUACAUUCAGUGCAAAUGCAACAAUGACAAACUAUACUGGUAUUAGAGGGACGUCCGAUUCUGGCACACAAACACGCACCCAUUCGCUUCAGGUAGGUGCAAAACUCCACUCCUGAUUGGCUGCUUCCCAUCAUCGCAUUAU